GGCUAAUUCGCUCAAUUUUUAAUUCUCAGUGGUAUUAUUUGCAGCAUAUAUUCCAACUUGAAAGUCAGACUUGGCUUAUUUUCACAUUUAUCUUCUGUACCUCAGCCACGCAUAGUCUUUUUUCUUUUAUUUUACGGUCUUUCUUGUUAUUAAAUCUUCUUAACUAAGAGCACUGAAUGGUACAGAUUUCUUAAUUCACGCCCAUACCAGAUACAUUCAGCUUUUGCUCUUAUAGAAACGAAUAUACGCAACACAAGUUACGCUCGAGUAUUUAACAAACUGAGCGCAUGCUUAACGCGUAAUUUGCAUUAUUGAAUAAACUACGUUGACUUAACAAAAAUAUCAGCUCCAUUGCUGCAACUUGAGAAACUGAAGAUUUGCUGGUUGUUAAACUUAUCGCAGAUAAAAACUACAAGUGCGUAUUGAAAAAUGGAGAGCCGAACAAUUGUGAUCACCGUUGAUGGGUCCAAGCAUUCCCAACGAGCCUUCGAAUGGUAUAUAAAACACUUGAUGCGCCCUGGAGUGGAUGUUGUGUGGCUUGUCCACAUAGCAGAACAGGUGUCUCUGCCGAUGAUGAGUGCCGAUGCCCCUCUGUCCUUUCCCAAGGACACUUGGGCUCAGAAGUUAACCGCACGCGCAAAGGAAAUUGAGGAGACGCAGGCCCACUACGAUUUCAAACUGCAGGAACAUAAGCUGCAUCACAAUGGCCAAGGGGGGUUUGUGUCCUUGAACGCCACCGCGUCUUUCCCCGGACCCCAACUAGUCGAGUUUAUCCAGAGCAAGAAGGCGGAGAUAGUUGUCAUGGGGAACAGAGGUCUCGGGAAACUGAAGCGAACAUUCCUUGGAAGUGUGUCGGAAUAUGUGAUGCAUAACAGCGGAGUCGCGGUCACUAUUGUACCACCGUCAGCCGAGUGAAAACUUAUAAAAAGACUAAGUAGAUGACGAAACACGAACUAUAUUGCCGUGUGAGUUUUCAGGAAACUCAAGAAAUACUAAAUGGUAUUUGAUGUUGUAUUAAAUUUAUACUUAACACAGUUGUAGAUCCAUCGAUAUGAAUUUGAAAUUCAAAAAAAAAAAACGCCACAUA